AUGGAUUUUCAGGAGCUCCCUUUGGAGCUGCUCCUGAGGGAGCUCAGAGAGUGCCAGGAGCAGUUCCAGAGGGAGCUCAGAGAGUCCCGGGAGCAGCUCCAGAGGGAGCUCAAGGAGUCCCGGGAGCAGCUCCAGAGGGAGCUCAAGGAGUCCCGGGAGCAGCUCCAGAGGGAGCUCAAGGAGUCCCGGGAGCAGUUCCAGAGGGAGCUCAAGGAGUCCUGGGAGCAGCUCCAGAGGGAGCUCGAGUCCUGGAAGCAGCUCCAGAGGGAGCUCAAGGAGUCCCUGGAGCAGAUCCAGAGGGAGCUCAAGGAGUCCCGGGAGCAGCUCCAGAGGGAGCUCAAGGAGUCCCGGGAGCAGUUCCAGAGGGAGCUCAAGGAGUCCUGGGAGCAGCUCCAGAGGGAGCUCAAGGAGUCCUGGAAGCAGCUCCAGAGGGAGCUCAAGGAGUCCCGGGAGCAGCUCCAGAGGGAGCUCAAGGAGUCCCGGGAGCAGCUCCAGAGGGAGCUCAAGGAGUCCUGAGAGCAGCUCAAGGAGUCCUGUGAAAACCUCCAGAGGAAGCUGAAGGGAGCGAGAACAAUG